AGCGUCAGAAGCACCCGGGAGGAAAUGUGUAGCGCUGAUACUUGCCCACCGUGGGGUACUUUAGGCCCACUAUGGAGGCGGGAACCCCUUUCGCUGUUUUUCCUUCUGUUCUCUUGCGUACAACUGCAGAUGUCCAUGUAAGUUGCUGGUGAAUAUGCAAGGGCGACUGGCCUUCAACAAUUUGCGGGUAUACCUGCUCGCUCUCGUGGCAUACUCCGGUGUUUUCGUAUUCGGCUAUGACGUGUCCAUUGCAGGAAGUGUCGUCGCCCUCCCCGGGUUUGAGAACGACUUCCUGGGCGGACAACCAGCAUCACCAAACGUCCUUUCACUCGUUGUCUCUCUCCUCCAGGCCGGAGCCUUCAUAGGAGCGUUGUGCGCAGCCCCGACUUCUGAAUUCCUAGGCCGGAGAAACUCCCUCGCAGUCGCUUCCUUCAUCUUCGUCCUAGGCGCGUCCAUCCAGCUUGCGGCAACUACAGACAUCGCGUGGCUCUAUGUGGGCCGUGCGGUCGCAGGUAUCGGCGUGGGGGCAAUGUCUAUGCUUGCACCUACUUAUGUGGCAGAAUCGGCACCCGCUAAUGUACGUGGGCGGAUUACAGGUCUGUUCCAGGUCGUCGUCGUCACUGGAGUAGCGAUCGCAUAUUGGAUCACAUACGGCGUCAACCAGCAUGUCCCCGUUUCGUCCGCCCAAUGGCGCAUUCCGAUCGCCUUCCAAUUCGUCCCCGUGGGGAUAAUGCUCAUCUUCCUCCCCUUCUGCCGCGAAUCGCCUCGCUGGCUCGCGAGAAAAGGCCGUGUCGAGCAGUCGCUGCUCAACCUCGCCUGGCUCAGGAACGUCCCCGUCACGUACUCGAAGCUGCAGGACGAGUUUGCUAGCAUACUCGCUUCGGUGAAACAUGAGCGCGAGGGGAGGGGAAACUUUAGGGAAUGUUUCCAGAAGGGAAACAGGAUACGUUUUGGGAUCGCUUUUAUGCUGUUUGUGCUGCAGCAGUUUUCGGGGCAAAACUCUGUGGCAUACUACGCUCCGGAGGUGUUCAGCUCCAUCGGCAUGUCCUCUACAACGAGCGCACUCCUUGCAUCAGGCGUGUAUGGGAUAGUGAAGCUCCUCGCGACCUGCGCCUUCCUCCUAGUCGGAAUCGAGCAGUGGGGUCGACGUAGGUCGCUUGUGUAUGGCGUGCUCUGGAUGGCAAUCAUGUUCUUCAUCAUUGGUGCUAUACUGCAGACUCACCCACCGACACUGGGCCAGUCAGUGUCGAAUUGGUCCAUUGGAGUGGCCAUAUCGCUGUACAUUUAUGUACUGCCGUAUUCGUUCUCAAUCGGACCUAUCCCUUGGGUGUACUGUUCUGAGAUAUUUGGAAACGCGAUACGGCAUUAUGGUGUAGCUUGGGCUGCGGCCACGCAAUGGAUCUUCAACUUCUUCGUUACCAAAAUCACGCCAACCAUGCAAGAACGUCUUCCAAAAGGGACGAUCUUCUUCGUCUUCGGCUCCAUCAAUCUCCUCGCCGCUGUCUUCUGCUUCUUCCUCCCAGAAACACGCGGCGUAUCGCUCGAAGAGAUGGAUGUGAUCUUCGGGUAUGUGUCGUACGAGCGCCGGCAGAGGGACGUCAUGCGCGUCACGAGUAACUUACAGCAUGGAGCGCUGUCGGGGCCUAACGGUGGUCAGCACUUGUUUGACGAGAACGGGAGCGAGAUUGAGAGCGGGCCGACGAGCCCGAGGAGCGUGUAUGCGGGGCAUAGGAUGAGCACGCUGCAUGAGGAAGAGGAGGGCGAGUACAAGCAUAAAAACGUGCGGGGCGUGGCGUCGUGA